ACCCUCAGAGCCGCCUCGGAAUCUCACACGAAUCCCGUGCUCGCGUCGAAUCCUCUCGAGUUGUAUGAAAAUAUGGAAGAGCUCAGCAAAGACCCGGAGCUGACACCCGGCCUGGUGAAGCUCCUCAGCGAGAAACUCGCGGACACGCGCAAGGCGUUGGACGAAGCCAAACAAGAAAUACAAGAUUUGCGGGAUGAAAUGGUAGUGGAAGGACAUGUGGGGUCGAGAGUGAUUCUAACAAGCUGUCUCGACGAUGUCUUGCGGGAGCUCGAACGUAUGCGUGAUGACUUGGCCGAUAAAAACGUGCAGUUAGAAGAACUCUCCGGGGAGAAUGAGAGAAUGAGAAACGAGCUGGAUGAUCUGCGCACAAGAAAUACUGACACUCCGUCGAAUGAUGAAGAUGAAGAUAUCAAGCCGCCGGUCGAAGAUGAUAUUCCGGAGCUACGUCAACAAACUCAAGAGCUACAAGGGCAGCUUUCGCAGUGUGACAAGGAGCUCGAACUGCAAAACAGGCGAGAUGGCGCCAUUCGUCAGCGAGUUCAGCGCACUCGCAGUAGGUCCCCUGCUCACAAGCGGCGAAGGUCACGUUCACCAUCUCCUGAGCCUCAACUCAUCCUUUACAAGAACGGCGGGGCUGUACCACCUGCUAAAGUUAGGCCGAAGGCCAGUGAUUAUAGCAAGUCGAUCAAAGAGUUGAUUAAUCGUGCAGUCCAGAAGCUCACCGUCAAGAUUUACACCAUCGACGCAUUUCCUUCCGAUGAGCUGAACAAAGAGUGGUCACGGGAGUGCUGGAUCUCCACCUGCCGAGAGAUGCGAAAGAAGUUCACGCCGCAAGAGGGUAUUGUUCGGAUUGUCAAUGCUCCUGCUUCUCCAGAUGUCGAGGCGCCAAUCCUCAAUACGGUCGCAUAUGCGAGAAAUAAUGCGCUCCACGAGGACAUCGUUGCAGCGAAUAUGGCGCGAGUCGCUCGCCUACUGUCUGGCACGCCCAAACGUUUUGGAUAUAAGGACUUUGAUGCGGACAAACCAGAGGUCUAUGCUGAAGUUCCGAUGCUCAUGCACGCGUUACAGAAGCGGCUCUUUUCCAAUGAGCAUGACAUAGGCGCCGAAUUUCACGCCGCUUUCGACCCUCUGCCCAUCCCUACAAUCGCAUUUCUACUCACAUGUGCAGAAUGCAGCCUUGACUCCUGGGUGACGGGAAAGCCAGAUCAGGCCCACCAUUUUCGCACGGCCGAGUAUCGCGCCAAGUACAGAAGCCAUCUCCAGUGGCUGACAGAAGACUGGGAAGCUCUCGACCCCGACGCGGUGGAGCAGGUGCGACACGAGAUGUACGAGCAGGUGUUGCGAUACGGCGGCAUUACUAUGGAUUCUACGGAGACGAGAGCUAGAAACGCUUCGAAUGAAACGCGCGAACGCAUGCGUCGGGCGCUCGCUGCUCGGAAGUCUGCUGCGCAGCUCACUGACCGUUAGUAGCCAGGGUACCGUAUAAAAAUUAUAGCG